UCAUUGCACCCCCUGGGAAGUUGUGAGGGCAGAACCCACUGCCCCACAUUCAAGUUAAGUUCAUUUGUUAUAUAUAUAUUUCUUUGUAAAAUACUGGCACAUGAAACAAUUUUACUUUACAUUUCACAUAACAAAAUUAACUUAAUGACCUGUGCACACAUUUAGUUAAUCUUGUUUGAGUAAUUCUAUUCUUUUGAGUUUUCUGAGGUCUGAUGCUGGAAGGGGGAGGAGCUGAAAGAGUUCCUGAUGUGACAGAGGGAGGAGCUGCACAGUUCCUGAUGAUGUGGCACAAGCAGAGCUGGACCACUUCCUGGACACUCCCAUUUGAGGAUGGAGGGGAAACAAAGUUUAUUCAUUAGUUGGACUAUUGUUUUCUUUUGUUAAAACGUGUUGAACUUGUUAUGAAGUAUAAGUUUAGUUUUGUUUGUUUAAAAUUCUAAAUUACUAGUAAUUUAUUUCUUUAGUUAGUAUUUAGGUUUUGAAUGUUUGUAUUUGUGAUUCCCUCCCUAUUGUGUCAUUGGUCUGAUCAGCCAGUAUAAAACCUCCCUCAUGUUUCCUGUCAGGGGGUCAGUUUUGGUUCAGUUAGUUUGAGCUUUUGUUCCUGAUUCUCUAAGUUACAUUUUGUUAAGUUGACCCCAUUUUAAUGCAGGCCCAUGCCUUUUUGUGUUGGGUGAAAUAAAACAUCCUUUUUUGAAGAUUUUUUGUCCUGUGGCUCAAUCCUCACCAAGCGGCCCAUGACAACUGGUGUCAGAAGUGGGAUAAGCCCAUUAUGAGCCCAGGUUUUUUUUUUUCUUACUUUUUGUGUUUUUUCCCCUUUUCUAAUUCUUCAUUCUCUUGGACUUUGAGGCAUGCAGAAAAGUGGACGCAAUAUGAGAGGAGCCAAGGAUGGCCAAAUACCCCAGAAAACGACACAGGAGCAGCCAGAGUCUGAUCAUGAGGAAAAUGGAGCUUCUGGAGGGGUGGACAGCUCUGAGGGCACAGGUAACGAGCCAAGUGUUGCAGACCUGGUCUCUAUCUUUCGUUCCCACAUGAGUCAGCAGGAAGCCAGAGAUGCCAGACAAAGGGAAGAAAGUGCUCGGCAGGAAAAGCGAUUCAGAGCACUCCAGCACCAGUUCCAGCUCCUACAAUUGGAAGUUCAGGCCCGUACCACCUCAACACCUGAACUGGGUUUACCAGAACCUGAAUUAUCUAAUCGUGGACCACUGGAGACGGCUGAAACUUCACAUGUAAACCCCAGCAAUGUGGCUGAUACUCCAACAUACCAACCAUCAGGUGUGGAUAAGGGAGCACAAACCUGACUCAGCAGCUGAGGCGGCUAAGCUGGCAGAGGUGUUUGUUGCUGCCCGGCGUAGAGGUCAACCAUGGAGUUAUACUGCCUGGAAGGAGAAAGAUGGCCACAAACAAGCUCCUCAGCAUCGGCAAAGGGCAGCCAGUAAUUUUGGUGUGCAGUCGGUAAGGGGAGGCCAACCAGCCAGUGCACCCUCCAAAUCUGCAGCCAAGGUACCAAUCUGCUAUCUGUGUGGAGUAGAAGGACACACCAAACCAAUGUGUCCUAAUAAGACCAAGCUCACUCAGAUGUGUGUUGCUCCACGCUAUGAAUCGGCUGAUGGACCUCCGGUGGGAGUGAAAUUAGCAUCCAUAGAGGUUAAUGGAGAACAAAUUACUGCUCUCAUUGAUACAGGCAGUGACCAGACUCUGGUGCAUCAGAAGUUUAUUCAGCCUCAUCUGAUCAGUACAAAAACAAUUCCAGUCUGCUGUGUACAUGGAGAUAAGAAGUCCUAUCCCACAGCAGAUGUUUACAUCAAAAUUGCAGAUCAAAUGUACCUUUUAAAUGUUGGAGUUGUUGAUAAACUGCCUUUUCCUGUGGUGCUGGGUUUGGACCUCCCUGUACUAUUUGAUUUACUGGACACUGACCAUACAUGUAAUGUUGCAGUGACAAGGGCGAGAGCCAAGCAAGUGGAACCACUUCCAACACUCAGUGCUCUACCUUUCUUUGAGGCGGACUUGGAGGCCACACCCGGGAAGUCUCGCAAGUCCCGCAAGCAAAGGAGGAAGGAGAAAUUCCAACACACUGCUUUUGAAUCCUCUGAUUCGGAGCCAGAACUGCCAUUAAAUUUCAAGAUCCCAGAAAACAUUGUUGAAUUACAAUGCAAUGAUCUAACUCUUCAACAUCUUUUCCAGAGGGCUGAGGGUAAAGACACUGGGGAUUUAUUAGAUGGGGGUGAAUACUUUGUGCUAAAGAAGGACAUUCUUUAUCGCCAGCAGGGGGCAGAAUUGCAGCUGGUGGUUCCUAAAACUGUCAGAGAAAUUGUGCUGACUUUAGGACAUUCAAUCCCCUGGUCUGGCCACUUGGGGAAACACAGAACUAUGAAGCGCAUUAGAAAACACUUCUACUGGCCUGGGUUGAGUAAGGAUGUUGCAACCUUCUGCAGAAGUUGCCCUCAGUGCCAACUAACCUCCAUCAGAGUCCCCUCCAGAGCUCCUCUACAACCAUUACCAGUGAUUACCACCCCAUUCGAGAGAAUUGGAAUGGACAUUGUUGGACCGGUAGAGAGAAGUAAAUCAGGCAAUAGGUACAUGUUGGUGAUAACCGACUAUGCCACCAAAUACCCAGAGGUAUUCCCUUUAAAGUCGAUACAAGCUAAAGCAGUGGCCUAUUGCCUGGUGCAAUUUUUCUCCAGAGUUGGGCUGCCUAGAGAAAUCUUAACUGACCGUGGUACCAAUUUUUUGUCCACCUUGCUGAAACAAGUAUAUAAACUUUUGGGCAUUAGGAGCUUAAAAACCACUGCCUACCACCCUCAAACAGAUGGUCUCACUGAACGUUUCAAUCAAACCCUUAAGCAAAUGUUAAGAAAGUUUGUGAAUGACUCUGGAACAGAUUGGGACAAGUGGUUGCCAUACCUCUUGUUUGCGUACAGAGAAGUACCACAAGCCUCCACCGGUUUCUCCCCAUUUGAACUGUUAUAUGGACACGAAGUGAGAGGCCCCCUCUCCCUGCUCAAAGAAAUAUGGGAGGGAGAUCAACCUCAUCUAAAAACUGUUAAUGUUAUUUCCUUUGUUAUCCAGAUGCGGGAGCGGCUAGAAAAAAUGAGUGAGCUGGCUCAAGCCCAUAUGGUGGAGGCUCAAAAACAGCAGAAAGUCUGGUACGAUCGGUCAGCUCGUCAGCGGUCGUUCAGCCCAGGUCAGAAGGUACUUGUUCUUCUUCCUAGCAGUGAUAGCAAGCUGCUUGCAAAAUGGCAAGGCCCCUUUGAAGUUUUGCAGAGGAUUGGGCAGACCACCUAUCGUGUCUCAACACCUGGACAAUCACGUUCCACCCGGCUGCUUCAUGUGAACCUCCUUAAAGAGUGGGUGGAAAGGGCUGAAAGGGAACGACAAGUGCUGCUUAUCAGAAGUAUUCCGGAGGAUGAUGAGGUGGAUGAGCAGUACCUUCCUUCGGCUCUCUCACCAAACCAAGAUCUGGAUCAUCUCUCUAAAGAGCAGCAGCUUCAGGUGAGAGCCUUGUGCAGUACACCCGUGUUCCAGGAAAAUCCUGGGAGAACUAACAUCAUUCAGCAUGACAUCACCUUGAAAGACGGAGCUGUCGCAAAACGCAGGAGCUACAGGUUGCCUGAACGCCUUCUGACCAGCCUGAAGGAGGAGGUAGACCUGAUGCUCUCUCUGGGUGUGAUUGAGCCAUCCAAGAGUGAGUGGUGCAGCCCUGUUGUAUUAGUCCCGAAGAAAGAUGGCAGCAUAAGAUUCUGCAUAGACUUUAGGUACCUGAAUUCUGUCUCAAAGUUUGACUCUUAUCCAACUCCACGUAUGGACGAACUUAUAGAGCGACUGGGAGGUGCCAGGUACCUCACCACUAUAGAUCUGUGUAAAGGCUAUUGGCAGGUCCCACUCACUCCUCACUCCAGAGAGCUGACUGCCUUCCGAACUCCCUGGGGGUUGUUUCAAUUUACAGUUCUGCCCUUUGGACUUCAUGGAGCUCCAGCUACCUUCCAGCGCCUCAUGAAUCAGGUACUCUGUGGAGUUUCAGAGUUUGCUGCGGCCUAUUUGGAUGAUAUUGUCAUUUUCAGUGACACCUGGGAUGAGCACCUUGGACAUCUGGAGAGGGUGCUGAAUUGUCUCCAGGAGGCGGGACUGACUGUCAAUCCUUCGAAGUGUGUCUUCGCCAAGCCAGAAACUGAAUAUUUGGGCUACAUCAUCGGCAAUGGGGUGAUAAAACCACAAACUGACAAAGUUUCUGCUGUUCAGUCCUGUCCAUUGCCUGUAACAAAGAAGCAGUUGAGAUCUUUUUUGGGCAUGGCUGGAUUUUAUCACCGUUUCAUCCCUCAUUUUUCAACUAGGGCAGCAUUGCUCACAGAUCUGACUGGAGCCAGGAGUCCUAAUGACAUCCAAUGGACCAAGGAGGCGGAAGUGGCUUUUGAGGACUUCAGACAGUCAUUAAGUAAGAGCCCUGUCCUAUACAGUCCAAACUUUGAAAAACCUUUUAUUCUUCAGACAGAUGCUUCUGAUAGAGGGCUGGGAGCAGUCCUUCUUCAAGGCCCUCCAGACAACCGACACCCUGUGGCCUACAUCAGUCGCAAACUGUUCCCACGAGAGGUUCGUUACUCCACAGUGGAGAAGGAGGCUCUAGGAAUAAAGUGGGCCCUGGACUCCUUCAAGUACUACCUCCUUGGACGAGAGUUUACGCUGGAAACCGACCACAAAGCCCUACAGUGGCUGGAAAGAAUGAAGGACACAAAUGGAAGAAUUACAAGAUGGUAUCUCGCCAUCCAACCAUACUGCUUCACCAUCCAUCACAUCCCAGGAAGAGACAAUGCCACUGCAGACUUCCUCUCUCGCUGUCCCAGCGAGUGUCCUGAGGGGGAGGGUGUGUGAGGGCAGAACCCACUGCCCCACAUUCAAGUUAAGUUCAUUUGUUAUAUAUAUAUUUCUUUGUAAAAUACUGGCACAUGAAACAAUUUUACUUUACAUUUCACAUAACAAAAUUAACUUAAUGACCUGUGCACACAUUUAGUUAAUCUUGUUUGAGUAAUUCUAUUCUUUUGAGUUUUCUGAGGUCUGAUGCUGGAAGGGGGAGGAGCUGAAAGAGUUCCUGAUGUGACAGAGGGAGGAGCUGCACAGUUCCUGAUGAUGUGGCACAAGCAGAGCUGGACCACUUCCUGGACACUCCCAUUUGAGGAUGGAGGGGAAACAAAGUUUAUUCAUUAGUUGGACUAUUGUUUUCUUUUGUUAAAACGUGUUGAACUUGUUAUGAAGUAUAAGUUUAGUUUUGUUUGUUUAAAAUUCUAAAUUACUAGUAAUUUAUUUCUUUAGUUAGUAUUUAGGUUUUGAAUGUUUGUAUUUGUGAUUCCCUCCCUAUUGUGUCAUUGGUCUGAUCAGCCAGUAUAAAACCUCCCUCAUGUUUCCUGUCAGGGGGUCAGUUUUGGUUCAGUUAGUUUGAGCUUUUGUUCCUGAUUCUCUAAGUUACAUUUUGUUAAGUUGACCCCAUUUUAAUGCAGGCCCAUGCCUUUUUGUGUUGGGUGAAAUAAAACAUCCUUUUUUGAA